UGUUCACUAACUUCCCGCCUCCUCCCAGUUGAAACGCCCCUUGUUGCUUGUAGUUUUUUACGGUGCAUGCCCAAAGACGCCUCAAGCUAAGUACUUUAACAUACUGGGUGUGUGCGCGCUUAUGUUCUUCUCGCAACCUUGCCUCCCCCAUAUAAGCUCCAUUCCCGCAUUCACUUCCGGAACUCCACAAGAAUGGCGCCUCGGGGGGCCGCUAAAACUCGCGAUUACGAUUAUUCCAAUGUCGGUAAACUUGGACGGCGCACAGGAAUCACAGUGAAGGAGGGCAAGCGCGAUGAACAUGGAAUGGAAGACGUUGAUGGGAUGUGGUCAUCGCCAGAAAAGUCUCCCCUAAUAGAAAACGGUUUCAACGAUGAGAAUGAACCUUCGGUGGGCUCGGACGGUAUGUCUAUGGAUGAAGGCAACGCUCCAGAUCCUGAAUAUUUUCUAAAUGGUAUGAAUGGCGGACGGAAUUCUUAUUUUCCCCCACCUGUUGCACGCUCGCCUAUUAAGACUGGUUUGACUGGGUCCCCUCGGAGAACUCCCGGUUUACGGUCAUCCCAAAGCCCACGACGAGAUCUCCUUUCUUCUAGUCCUUCAGAUGGCAAGGGCUUAGGUAGCACGAAAGGAGAAUUGCGACAAGAGGUUUCUCCUCUUACCAACCGUUCUAUCAAUGCGCCUCCCUUGACUCACCUGAACAGUGCGCGAAAUAAGGUGAACAAAAAGACAUCAGAAGUAACGGCUUCAUUUUCGGACAGCGAUGCAAAUAGCCAAUUAAACGAGGAUGACAAUGCGGAUACUUUUGAAUUACAACACGACUUUGCCGACAGUUUUGAUGUUGGUAAUGACACAAAUGCAGAGAACCAAACAUCGGGCCCGGAUGAUGACGGCGCAUCGGCGCAGUCUCCGUCAACAAUAGCUGCCACCUUGCACAAGAAAGGCCUGGUCAAGGCUGGCCCUCAAACAAAGAAGAGAGUCCAAAGAGAAUUAAGCCAAACCGAAGAGCCGAAUGAGUCUAAGAAGCAAGAAACAUCGCAGAAGCGCAAACGCCCCGGAAGGCCUCCAAAGAACCAGCGCAGCACUGGUAAUGAUACAGAGGGACAGAGACUGUUCAAAAAACCCAAGACCUCCGAUAAGAAGUCGCGAGAAUCAAAUACAUCAGGUCACCCCGAGUUGGAUAGAGUUGUGGAGAAUUACGUCAGUCGCACAGGGCCUUUAAAGGGACGGAGUUUGUAUAUCCUCAAGCGGGAGACACCCAUGGAUAGCGGCGCCACCCAUACACGGUCAGGGCGUGUGUCUGUCAGACCUCUUGCGUAUUGGAAGAACGAACGCUGUGUCUAUGGUGAUGGUGAGGCUGUCGAAGGGGAACGCUAUCCUCUCUCAACCAUCAAAGAGAUCAUUCGUACAGAAGAACUUGAACCGGGGAAACGAAAAUCCAAGAAGGGCAGACCUUCAAAGAAGUCGAAAUCAGGAAAAACCAAAGACGACAAUGAAUCGGAAGAUGAUGAAGACUUCGUUGAUCCCUGGGAGAAGGAAGGGGGGGUUUUGCAUGGUUAUAUCAGAAAAUGGGAUCCUGAAGCUCAAGCUGGGAUGGACGAGGAAGAGGUCCUCGAUAUUGCAUACGCGCCUUCCGGUAUCGAGACGAGAGAUGUCAAAGGCUCAAGUUUUCGGUUUGCGAAACUUCUCAGCUCUCCUUUUCUGGGUUCUGGAAUCGUUGAACUGCCAGGAGGAGGAGUGAAGAAGCCGAAGAACUCCAAGAAAAUGCACAUGGUCUUUUAUGUAUGCCACGGCCGAGUCCAGGUAGACAUCUCCGGUGUACAAUUUAGCGCUGGGAAAGGCUGCGUGUUCCAGGUGCCUAGAGGCAAUUACUACAGCUUCGCAAACACGCAUGGGAAGGACGCCCGGCUGUUCUUCACGCAAGGCUGUGUUCCUACGGAGGAUAACAGUUCUGUCCCUGGGUCUGCUUCAAAAAAUGAUACCAUGGAAGAAGAACCAACUCCUCAGCUCGGGCGCACGUUUGGUGUUGGUAAAGGCAGACCCAAGGGUAAGCAGAAGGCAAGUGCCCCUAAAGCAUCCUAGUGACUAUUUUCAAAUACUACGCAAGGUCUUGACGGUGAUUAUUCUUACGAUACCAACGCCCCUUGCCUAUACUCUUCCAUCGUUAUUGU